GCCUAGGGCCACCCUGAGGGUGCUGAGUGGAUCUGGGCCGACGGAGAGCAAAGACAUUCCUGGUAAAUGUCCCUCUGUUUCAAGGCUGCCAGCCCCUCUUUUCUAGGGCUCUGACUGGAUAUCUGGUCUUUGGGAAAACCAGAAAUCAAACUAAUUCAAAGGAUGCGAAAAGCCAACGGCUACAAAGACCCCAGGAACCAGCAGCUCUGAGCCUUUAUUCCAGUCUGCUGUAAGCCUGUCCUGAAUUUUCAAAACUCUCCCAUUGGAAAUGCAACUAGUGCUCCCAGCCUGGUCUCUCCAGCCCUAGGGCCGAUGAAAAGGAGACCGACCGAGGUGCCUCCCUGAAGACGGACGACCCAAGCUUCCCUCCUCACUCCCCACACCGCUAUCGACCUGGCAAACGUCCUUUCCCACUUCUUCAGGCUCGCCUAACACCAUGGCCUAAGGGGACUCCACUGACGUUCCCAGUGCCAGCAGACACAACUGCGCAGACCCCGCGGGACGCCAUCCUCCAUCACCAUCAUCGCCGGCUGCCCUCCACCCCCAGCCCAUUCCACAGGCAGAGGUGCAUCUCCGGCCUCCAGACCCGCACAACAGGUGGCGUCUGCCCGUCCUCCCCAACCACGCCUCCCUGGCCCUCCACCUGCGCCCCAGUCCUUCAGCUGCGCCCGGCCGGGGAGCCUACCUUUGAGGUUCUGGUGGUGGCCCCGCGGCGCGCGGCUCGGGUUUCCUCGGGGCAGCGAGGGGAUACUGGAGAAGUUGUUACCCAUGGCAUCCGGCCCCAGGGGGUUCGGCGCUCGCUGGUGGGGGCGAGGCCGGGCAGGAGCGGAGAUCAGCACUGCACCAAGAAGCCUGCAGGAAGCGAAACGGAAGCCAUUCUUCUCCUACCUGGACCUGGGGCAUCUCUCCUGGUCUAUCAGGGAUGGAAGACGUUCCAAGGUUCCCCCCAGGGAAUCAGCCUUCCUGCUCCUCUGAGUCAUCUCUAGCUCCCUGAUCUGGCUUCAGCAACUCUGAUCCAGAGUCCAGUGAAGACAUGGGUGGGCAGGGGGACAUCUCAUGUAUCCUUUUCUAUAAUAGAAGGUUCUUCCCGCAAGUCUCCAUUUGGCGGCUCCUCAUUAUCUAGGCACAAUUCGAGUCCUGACAUUCCCUGACUGUCCCAACUAAAGGACCCCUCCACUCUCAGUCACUUUCCACGAUAUUCCAUUUUAUUUUCUUCGUAGCUAUUAUAUGUAAUUUGCUUACGAGUAGCCUUUCGUCGUUUAUCUUCUGCCUCCCCGCUAGAACAUAAGCUCUGUGAGGGGAGAGCACAGGUCAGUCAUGUUCACCAGAGUGUCCUUACCCCCUGGGGGAGUGCCUGGCACGUGACAGAUUCUCAGAAAAUAAUUGUGGAAUGCAUGCUUCCCACUGCGGGCCAGGAGACUCCACUGAGAUCCUUGGGAGCAGAGCCUCCUGAACCACCCUUUAUUUUCCUCUCCUGCUCUCCUCGCCCCAUCCCCAUUCCAGGCAUCACACCCUUAAAUGUCUGGGACUCCAGGCAAGCUAGAAAUAUCUGUGACAGCCGCUCUCUCUCUGGAAUCUGGAGGGAAAGACAGCUCCGACCCCGGCCUCCAGCCUCCCAGAUGCCCAGGAUCACGUGUGCAGGCAGCUGCAGAUGGCCACAGCAGGUCAGAGAUGGCUGUCUUAUUUAUGGGCAGUAUCUUCCCAAGGCUCACUCCCAGCUAAUGACUCAUGCAUCAGAAAUCCACAGGCUCUGAAUGGCAACACACUCACACAUGCGCUCACAUACCACUACACUAUCACACACUCACACCUAUACAAGCACACACACUUACAUUUCCCCUGAAAUCUGCUGGAAUGAAGUCACUGUGAGAGGCAGCUAGGAUCAGGCCUUUCACAAAUUAGAACAAAUAGGAGGACUCUGCAUAGUUGAGACUCAUUCUGCUGGAGUGUGUGCGAAGUACAAGGGCCUUGCAAGGAUUUACAGAUGGUAGCUUCGGGUAAGUCCGGUGUGGGCAGGGGAAUGGGGGAGGGGAUGAGGCCCCAAAGGCAGAGCAUAGCGGGGAUGUCUCGAACUCCUGACCUCAGGUGAUCCACCCGCCUCAGACUCCGAAAGUACUGGGAUUACAGGCAUGAGCUACCUCGCCUGACAAGGGGAUGUCACAGGCCCCACAUGGCCUAGACCUGGGGCUAUGGGCAAAGCAGGGGAGAGAGGAAGGUCAAAGGGAAGGAGGGAAGUGAGGGCCAGAGGUUUGUGCUCAUCUGAGUCCAGAGGCAGCCCAGGUUCUGCAGCUCAGGGCAGCGUGAUCCCAGGGAGUCCCAAAGGAAGGUGAGAGGCAUCAGGGACAAAGGCAGGGAACUAAGGGUUGAGGAGCUGAUGGGAGUAUCAGUGGGGCUGGGAUAGGAUGAGGUAGCCAAGGCAUCCCUGGCGCAAAAUUGAAGGAGGCACCCACUGUCAAGGUCAUGCAGAUACCAACCUUGCACUUACACGAGCCUGGGAAUGAGGGCCUCUUACAUUUCAUGCACUAGGCUCCUCUCUACCCUCACCCUAGUCCUUCAGGGAGCUCUGUACUGGAAGAGGGGACACCACUGUUAGUGUCAACUAGGUCUCUGGCCAGGAAGGGACCUAGAGGAGGUUGGUGUGGCUGCAUAGGAUUCAGAGAAGUUGAGCGCGGCCCUUCUGAAGAGUCCUGUGCCCCAGCAACUUUUCCUUGGCAGGGACUUAGGGUAGACCCAACUCAGAGGGUCGAAGAAGGCCAGCAGUCUCCUUAUUCCCAGACCUGGGGCAGAACCCGGAGGCCUUCCUGCCAUCCUUCCCCAAGGUUUCAGGAGUCCCUCAAACAUCUGGGCUGUCAUCCUUCAGAGAGGCUGGAACUGAGACACAAGGAGAGACCUAGUGACCUCGGAGAGUUAGGAGAAACAAUGAUUUCAAAUGCAUGUCCGUCACACGUCACACGGAAGAAGGGCGGGGGGAAAGCCAUGCAGGUGUGGGCGUGGCACUUGAGCAGCCUCUCCCAUGGGCACCCAGUGGUUAAUGCACAUGGUUAGCACGUCUCCAAGGGAGGCCAUCCCUUUCCGCUAUCCCUUUCAUGGCAAAUGCUGGAACAUGGUUGAAGACUCCUCUCAAGGGUCUCCUCUUCCAGGAAGCCUUCAGGCAAGAAUAGGUGCCCCUUCUGGCUCCUGCUAGCCUGAAAGCCAAUAUGAAAUCUCUCUGGGCUGAGCUGAGUCGUCAUAUUUUGUUGUUGUUGUUGCUGUUGUUUUACUUCGUCUCUGAGACAAGUUCAAAGUCAUGCUUUUCAUCAAGACCAGAAAAUAUACUUUGGCUCCAUCGGCAUCUUUGCCUCACCACACCCAGAAUUUGCCUGUGCCCCAAAGGAAGCCCCGACAGCUGUUAAGCCUGAGCAUCCAGACCCUAAAGCAAAGAGAAAUGGGCCGGGAGGAAUGGAGUGACAGGGCGGGGCCCAUUUGCCUAGAGGUGCUUUGGGCUGGCUGGUCACAGAGGGUGACUCAUUCCCCCAGAGAGGACGGGAGUGGCACCAGGGGACCAUUGGGUUGGGGAGGGGAGCCUUUGUGGAGAGAGCCUGUCCCUGCCUUAAGUGCCUGCUGGACCCCGGGAGUCUGGGCUGGGGCCUGGACACUGCUUCCUCCUUGACCCCUCAGGCCCUUGGAAGCCGAGAGAGACCCUCUUACAGAUCCCAGGCUCAUCCCCAGUGCAGCAGACACAAGGAAGGUGGCCAGAGCUUCACUGAGCCCACCCGACGGCUGCCCACCCACCCAGGCUGGAGUCAUGGAUAAAUUCCGCAUGCUCUUCCAGCACUUCCAGUCAAGCUCAGAGUCAGUGAUGAAUGGCAUCUGCCUGCUGCUGGCUGUGGUCACCGUCAAGCUGUACUCCUCCUUUGACUUCAACUGUCCCUGCCUGGCGCGCUACAAUGCACUCUACGGCCUGGGUCUGCUGCUCGCGCCCCCGCUUGCCCUGUUUCUCUGCGGCCUCCUCGCCAACCGGCAGUCUGUGGUGAUGGUCGAGGAGUGGCGCCGGCCCGCAGGGCACCGGAGGAAGGACCCAGGCAUCAUCAGGUACAUGUGCUCCUCUGUGCUGCAGAGGGCGCUGGCCGCCCCCCUGGUCUGGAUCCUGCUGGCCCUCCUUGAUGGGAAGUGCUUCGUGUGUGCCUUCAGCAACUCUGUGGACCCUGAGAAGUUUCUGGACUUUGCCAACAUGACCCCCAGCCAGGUACAGUUCUUCCUGGCCAAGGUUCCCUGCAAAGAGGAUGAGCUGGUCAGGAAUAGCCCUGCUCGGAAGGCAGUGUCUCGCUACCUGCGGUGCCUGUCACAGGCCAUCGGCUGGAGUGUCACCCUGCUGCUGAUCAUCGCGGCCUUUCUGGCCCGCUGCCUGAGGCCCUGCUUCGACCAGACAGGCUUCCUGCAGCGUAGAUACUGGAGCAACUACGUGGACCUGGAGCAGAAGCUCUUCGACGAGACCUGCUGUGAGCAUGCGCGGGACUUCGCGCACCGCUGCGUGCUGCACUUCUUCGCCAGCAUGCAGAGUGAGCUGCAGGCACGGGGGCUGCACCGGGACAAUGCAUGCAGGAGCCCCGAGCCCCCCGCAGUGCCUGAGCCCCCAGAAGUCCUGGACAGUGGAAGCGGGAAGGCCCACCUGCGCGCAAUCUCCAGCCGGGAGCAGGUGGACCACCUCCUGAGCACCUGGUACUCCCGCAAGCCCCCGCUGGACCUCGCUGCAUCCCCCGGGCUCUGUGGGGGUGGCCUUAGCCACCGCGCCCCUACCUUCGCACUGGGCACGAGGCUGUCCCAACACACCGACGUGUAGGGUCCUGGCCAGGCUUGAAGCGGCAGUGUUCGCAGGUGAAAUGCCGCUCUGACAAAGGUCUGGAGGCUUUCCAGGCCAUGGGGACCCCACAGCAGGCACCCUAACUCUUGUUAGCCUCCUUUUUCAAGUAGCCCAAUCUCUGCCUAGUUUCUGGGUGUGGCCUCCAGUGUGCUUCACAAACUUUAAUGUGGACUCGGUUCACUGAGGGCCUUGUUAAAUACAGGCGCAGACUCGGCGUAGCCAGGACCGAGUCUGAGAUUGUGCAUUUGGAACAAGCUCCCUGGUAAUACUGAUGUACUUUUGGUCAGUGGACCAAACUUUGAGUAGCAAAAGUCUAAAUAGAUCUGCCAUGGGUUCUGGGUUCUGGAAGUCAAUUCUAAAUAAUAAUAAUUACCUUAGUCUCUUGCCUGCUUU